AAACUUGGGAUCUACUUAUUUAAUUCUGCAGUAGUGCUUUUAUGUAUUCCUGUACUUGUAAUCACUCUGUUCAAAUUCAUAUACUCCAUCAUUUGGGUACCAUUCAAAAUUCAGCUGCAUUUCAAGCGACAAGGAAUUGAAGGCCCUCGGUACCAUCCAUUAUAUGGAAACUCUGAGGAGAUCAAAAGGCACCAUACUGAAGCGGCUUCAAAACCAAUUUCAUUCAACCAUGACAUCUUGCACCGUGUGGCGCCUUUCUACAAGAAGUGGUCAGCCAUGUAUGGAAGAACAUUCUUGUUCUGGUUUGGUCCUACACCGCGUCUAACUCUGGCCGAUCCAGACAUGAUUAAGGAGCUUAUGCUAAACCAUACUGAUUGUGUCGAUAAGCUCCCAUUUACCCCAGUUUCUAGGCAGCUCUUUGGACAGGGACUCGUGGGAUUGUUUGGUAAAAAGUGGGCCGUCCGCAGAAGGAUAAGCAACAAGGCCUUCAACAUGGAGAGGGUUAAGGAUUGGGUGCCUGACAUCGCAGGUAUUACCAUGAAGUUACUAAGGAAGUGGGAAGAACAAAGAGGAGGAAGAGAUGAAUUUGAAUUGGAUGUACACAAAGAACUUCAUGAUCUCUCAGCUGAAAUAAUUUCUAUAACAGCUUUUGGGAGCAGCUUUGAAGAAGGGAAGCGUAUUUUUGAGUUGCAAGACCAGCAGAUCAGCUUUACUUUUCAGGCUAUGAGAAGCAUCUAUAUCCCUGGAUUGAGGUUUCUCCCAACAAAGAGUAACAGGAUCAGGGAAAAGCUAGAGAAGGAAACUCGCGACUCAAUUAGGAAACUGAUUGAGACAAACAAGAAUGAAGGACAAAAGUCGAAAAUUUUGCUUCGUCUGUUAAUGUCUGCCAAUAAGAAUUUUGAUGACAAAGAAGAGGGAUUAGAUGUGGAAGAAGUCAUUGACGAAUGCAAGACAUUCUACUUUGCCGGAAAGGAAACAACUGCAAACCUCUUGACUUGGGCGCUUCUUCUUCUAGCACUCCAUCAAGAAUGGCAAGAUAAGGCACGAGAAGAAGUUUUUAGAGUUUGCAAAGGCAGUUUGCUUCCAAAUGCUGAGAACAUGGAUGACUUAAAACUUCUUACCAUGAUCAUAAAUGAAACGCUUCGGCUCUACUCACCAAUAGCCCAACAGACGCGGAGAACAUCCAAGAGCAUCAAGCUGGGAAAGCUAGAUAUUCCUGCUAAAACAGAGUUCUAUUUAGCACUCACUGCAGUCCAUCAUGACCCGGAAAUAUGGGGAGAAGACGCCAAUGAAUUUAAUCCUCUUAGGUUCACUGAGCCUAAAAGGCAUCUAGGCUCAUAUUUUCCGUUCGGUUUAGGGCCCAGAAUUUGUGUGGGCCAAAAUUUAGCAAUGGUUGAAGCAAAAAUUAUCUUAGCCAUGAUUGUCAAACAAUUUUCCUUCAGGGUGUCACCUUCAUAUGUUCAUGCUCCAAUCAUGUACCUCGCCGUGCAGCCUCAGUAUGGUGCUCCCAUCCUGUUCAGGACCGUCUCAGCCUGA